GCCACAUUGUUGCACGAAACUCCAGCGCAAGAGUCCCGGGCCGCCGCUAGCACCAGCGUGUCACCGAGCCGAGAAGAUCCGCGGGCGAGACCAGCGCGCGUGUGAGCCGGAGAGGUCCUGUCGCCCUAGUGGAGCCAAGCUGCUAUUCUUCUCAAGUUGAGCCUUAGUGAUUCUGUGGCUGAAGUUAGUACCUUGACAGUGGGGCACGUCGCUGGGAGUGAUUCUUGGUCCUUCAGCAGUUGUGACUAUCAAAACCUGUUUAUAGAGACCCGAAACCCUCCAGCUGGGCGCGCCAUCGUGUGCCUUCUUUGUGUACCUCCCGGACUCACCGCUCCCGACCGGGCCUCCAAGCCCGGGUACAAAGCGGUCAGACCGCGCCGCCCUCCUCCCUCGCACGCGCUCCAGCCUCGGUUUCCCAGCUCGGCGCCGUCGGGCCGCGGCAGGAUGAUCGCCUCGCAUCUGCUCGCCUACUUCUUUACGGAGCUCAACCAUGACCAAGUGCAGAAGGUUGACCAGUAUCUCUACCACAUGCGUCUUUCUGAUGAGACCCUUCUGGAGAUUGCUAAGCGGUUCCGCAAGGAGAUGGAGAAAGGGCUUGGAGUUACCACCCACCCCACUGCUUCAGUAAAAAUGCUGCCUACCUUUGUGAGGUCUACUCCAGAUGGGACAGAACAUGGAGAAUUCCUGGCUCUGGACCUUGGAGGGACCAACUUCCGUGUGCUUUGGGUGAAAGUAACAGACAAUGGACUCCAGAAGGUUGAGAUGGAGAACCAGAUCUACGCCAUUCCCGAGGACAUCAUGCGAGGCAGUGGCACCCAGCUAUUUGACCACAUUGCUGAAUGCCUGGCCAACUUCAUGGAUAAGCUACAAAUCAAAGACAAGAAGCUCCCUUUGGGUUUUACCUUCUCAUUCCCCUGUCUCCAAACAAAACUAGACGAGAGUUUCCUGGUCUCAUGGACCAAGGGGUUCAAGUCCAGUGGUGUGGAAGGGAAAGAUGUGGUUACUCUGAUCCGGAAAGCCAUCCAGAGGAGAGGGGACUUUGAUAUUGACAUUGUGGCAGUGGUGAAUGACACAGUUGGGACCAUGAUGACCUGUGGUUAUGAUGACCAGAACUGCGAGAUUGGUCUCAUUGUGGGCACAGGCAGCAAUGCUUGCUACAUGGAAGAGAUGCGCCACAUCGACAUGGUGGAGGGUGAUGAGGGCCGUAUGUGUAUCAACAUGGAGUGGGGAGCCUUUGGGGAUGACGGCGCGCUUGACGACAUCCGCACGGAGUUUGACCAGGAGAUCGACAUGGGCUCUCUGAACCCCGGGAAGCAACUAUUUGAGAAGAUGAUCAGUGGAAUGUAUAUGGGGGAGCUGGUGAGGCUUAUCCUAGUGAGGAUGGCCAAGGAGGAGCUGCUUUUUGGGGGGAAGCUCAGCCCUGAACUCCUCGCCACGGGCCACUUUGAGACCAAAGAUGUUUCAGAUAUUGAAGGGGAGAAGGAUGGCAUCCGGAAGGCCCGUGAGAUCCUGGUGCGGCUGGGCCUGGACCCGACACAGGAGGACUGUGUGGCCACUCACCGGGUCUGCCAGAUCGUGUCCACACGCUCAGCCAGCCUGUGUGCGGCUACGCUGGCAGCUGUACUGCGGCGCAUCAAGGAGAACAAGGGCGAGGAGCGGCUGCGCUCCACCAUUGGGGUGGACGGCUCUGUCUACAAGAAGCAUCCCCAUUUUGCCAAGCGUCUUCACAAGACCGUGCGGCGCCUGGUGCCUGACUGUGACAUCCGGUUCCUCCGCUCUGAGGAUGGCAGUGGCAAGGGGGCAGCCAUGGUGACAGCAGUGGCCUACCGGCUGGCCGAUCAACACCGAGCCCGCCAGAAGACCCUGGAGCCUCUGAAGCUGAGCCGUGAGCAGCUGCUGGAGGUCAAGAGGAGGAUGAAGGUAGAAAUGGAGCGAGGUCUGAGCAAGGAGACUCACACCAUUGCCCCCGUCAAGAUGCUGCCCACCUAUGUGUGUGCCACCCCUGAUGGCACAGAGAAAGGUGACUUCCUGGCCUUGGACCUUGGGGGUACCAAUUUCCGGGUCCUGCUGGUGCGCGUGCGGAAUGGGAAGCGACGUGGAGUGGAGAUGCACAACAAGAUCUACUCUAUCCCGCGGGAGGUCAUGCAUGGCACAGGGGAUGAGCUCUUUGACCACAUCGUCCAGUGCAUUGCCGACUUCCUUGAGUACAUGGGCAUGAAGGGCGUGUCCCUGCCUCUGGGUUUCACCUUCUCAUUCCCCUGCCAGCAGAACAGCCUGGACGAGAGCAUCCUCCUCAAGUGGACUAAAGGCUUCAAGGCAUCUGGCUGCGAGGGCGAGGACGUGGUUACACUGCUGAAGGAAGCCAUCCACCGGCGAGAGGAGUUUGACCUGGAUGUGGUUGCUGUGGUGAAUGACACAGUUGGGACUAUGAUGACCUGUGGCUAUGAAGACCCUCACUGUGAAGUUGGCCUCAUUGUUGGCACGGGCAGCAAUGCCUGCUACAUGGAGGAGAUGCGGAAUGUCGAGCUGGUGGAAGGGGAAGAGGGCCGGAUGUGUGUCAACAUGGAGUGGGGGGCCUUCGGGGACAAUGGAUGCCUAGAUGACUUCCGCACAGAAUUUGAUGCAGCUGUGGAUGAACUUUCCCUCAACCCUGGCAAACAGAGGUUCGAGAAAAUGAUCAGUGGCAUGUACUUGGGCGAAAUUGUUCGUAACAUCCUCAUCGAUUUCACCAAACAUGGGCUGCUCUUCCGUGGCCGCAUCUCAGAGCGGCUCAAGACACGGGGAAUCUUUGAAACCAAGUUCCUGUCUCAGAUUGAGAGUGACUGCCUGGCCCUGCUGCAGGUCCGCGCCAUUCUGCACCACUUAGGGCUCGAGAGCACCUGUGAUGACAGCAUCAUUGUCAAGGAGGUGUGCACUGUGGUGGCGCGGCGGGCAGCCCAGCUCUGUGGUGCAGGCAUGGCCGCCGUGGUGGACAAAAUACGAGAGAACCGUGGGCUGGACACCCUCAAAGUGACAGUGGGCGUGGACGGGACCCUCUACAAGCUACAUCCUCACUUUGCCAAAGUCAUGCAUGAGACGGUGAAGGACUUGGCUCCAAAAUGUGAUGUGUCCUUCCUGGAGUCGGAGGAUGGCAGCGGGAAGGGGGCGGCUCUCAUCACUGCUGUGGCCUGCCGCAUCCGAGAGGCUGGACAGCGGUAGAGCCCUGAAAUUGGAAGGACUUCCUCUGGUUUCCCCUCUUUCCUGCUUUAAAUUAUAAGUUGAUCCCCUUGUGUCAGAGACAGACCCCUUGGCUUUUCCUUGGCAGAGAGGAACUUAUUGGACUGGGUUUUGUCUCUGUCUACUCACUGUAGAGUUUGGUACCCAAGGCUUAGCCCUCCUGAGAUAAAUACAAUUUGAAGUAAGGAUUUGUUCACACUUGUCACAACCAUUACCAUUGGUUCUCUUAAAA